AUGACUUCGGAGAGAGACCGGCAACUGGGCGGCUUAACUGUCUUUAAUAAGGGGGAUUUUGAAGAAGACUGGGUUAAAGUGGCCAGCGGAGGCUUUGGGCACGUGUACCAAGUCAAGCACAAGAGGUGGAGAACAGUUUAUGCAGUGAAAUGCUCUCCGUACCUGCUGCAGGACUCCAACGUGGAGAGGACCAGUAUGAACUGUCUAAUGGAAGAGGCAACCAAGAUGGAGAAAAUCAAAUUCCAGCACAUUGUCACUAUCUAUGGGGUCUGCAACAGCCCUUUGGGAAUAGUGAUGGAAUAUAUGGCGAGAGGGUCCUUGGAGAAAAUUCUUCCCACUCACAAAAUGUCAUGGCAGCUCAAAUUCCGGGUUAUCCAUGAGAUGGGCUUGGCUAUGAAUUUCCUGCAUAGCAUGACACCUCCUUUGCUGCACUUAGAUCUAAAACCAGGGAACAUCCUCCUAGAUGGGAAUAUGCAUGUCAAGAUCUCAGACUUCGGGCUAUCAAAAUGGAUGGAGCAGUCUAGCCGAAUGCAAUAUAUUGAAAGCUCUGCUUUGAGAGGCACUUUGAGCUACAUCCCCCCAGAAAUGUUUCUCCAGAACAGCAAGCCCCCAGGAAUCAAAUAUGAUGUGUACAGCUUUGGAAUUGUCAUUUGGGAGGUACUUAUGCAGAAGAAACCUUAUGCAGGAGCCAACAUGAUGGCCAUUAUAGUCAAGGUUGCAGCAGGAAAGAGGCCCUGUCUAGAACCCAUCAGUGAUGACUGGCCAGGGGAAUGCCAGCAGAUGGUUGACUUGAUGAAGAGGUGUUGGGACCAAGACCCUAAGCAAAGGCCAAGCUUUACAGAUAUCCCUGUAGAAACAGACAUGCUGCUGUCACUGAUACAAAGCCUUGUAGUAGAUCCAGAGAAUGAGCGCCUUGUUAGGAAGAGGUCCCACAAGCCUGCCAUCUCUGGGAACCAGCAGAGUGACAAAGAAGAGUUCACCUUCCCCCGAGACACCAGAAGUGGUGAAACUGAUGAUCAAGAGGUUCAUAUCCCACCUUCUUACAGUGAGGCUGAAAGUCCAGAGGACAUCCUGUCUGAGGAAAUCUGUAGAGUCCAUGAAAACGGCCUCACAUUACUUCACCUCAUGGUGAUCCAGGGAAAUGUGGAAAAGGUGAAGUUUCUCCUGAGCUGUAAAGCCAAUGUGAACAGCCAGGUAGUCUGUGGCUACACUCCACUCAUUAUGGCUGUUCAGAAGAGGUCGCCAGAGAUCUGCUCAGUUCUGAUAGAGCAUGAUGCGGACAUCAAUAUGCCUGAUGAUGACGGUUGGACACCUCUUCACUUCGCUGCUCAGAAUGGGGACGACAGAAUUGUACGGCUCUUGCUGGACCACCAGGCACAGGUAAAUGCUCAAGAGCAUGACGGGUGGACCCCUCUGCACUUGGCAUCACAGAACAACUUUGAGAAUGUGGCCCGAGUACUGCUGUCUCGCCAGGCUGACUCCAACAUCCAGGAGGUUGAUGGGAAAACCGCCCUCCAUGUGGCAGCUUGCUUUGGACAUGUCAGCUUGGUGAAACUGCUUGCCAGUCAAGGAGCGGACCUGGAGAAAAAGCAGAAGAACCAUAGAACCCCACUUCAUGUUGCUGUGGAGAGGGGGAAGUUCAGGGUAGUCCAUUAUUUGCUGAAGAAUGGGACCUCUGUCAACAGCCUGGAUCAAAAUCAUUACAGUGCCCUGCACCUGGCUGUGGAGGGGAAGUAUCUCAUCUGUGAGAAACUCAUCAAAUACGGAGCCAAUGUGGAGCUGAGGACAGACAAAGGUUGGACUCCCCUGCACCUGGCUUCUUUCAAAGGACACAUUGAAAUCAUCCACCUGCUAAAAGGUAGCCACGCCAAACUGAAUGCCAAAGGAAGCAUGGACUGGACGCCACUUCACCUGGCUACUCGCUACAGCGACGAGCCGGUAGUCUGUGAGCUAUUGAGAUGUGGGGCAGAUCCCAACAUCGCUGAGAAGUCAGAGUGGGCCCCCCUCCAUUUUGCAGUCCAGCGGGGCUCCUUUUUGACUGUCAUCAAUCUUCUGGAGUGCAAGGCAGAUGUCAAUGCUAAGAACAAAAUGGGUUGGACACCCUUGCACCUUGCUGUCCUCAAGGGCAAUAUGGCCAUUAUAAAGACCUUGAUUAAGGCUGGUGCUCUGCUUGAUGUGGAAGAUAUCACUGGCUGUACAGCCCUCCAGCUGGCAAUUAGACAUCAGAGAGAAAAUAUCAUUACGCUGCUUCAAGGCAAGGACUCGUUGAUGAAUAAAUCGGGGAAUAGGACUCCGGUGAAUGAUGCUAAGAUUUCAAGACCCAAAUUUGUUCCAGGAAGGACAGAUUUGUAG